CGCAGUGUGCGCGCAGCCCGUUGGCGAAGCGGGGCCCGGCGGGAGCCUAUCGCCUCCCGGCUCCUUGUGCGGGGCCGGCAACGGCCGUACACACGGCGCGAGUCCGGCGGCCCCUCAGGCUCCGCCGGCGGCCCGGUCGGGCCAUGAACCUGGGAGAUGGACUGAAGCUUGAAACUGAAGUGCUGGAUGGGAAGCCGAGGCUGAUUUUAGCCGCUUCUGAUAAAUCAAAGCCUGCAAUGAAGAUGGGAAAUAAAGCCAGAGUGCCUAAACAGUCACUGAGAAUAAGGCAUACUGGGCAUAUUCUGAGGUCAACACAAAAUGCUUCUAUCAAUCAGGAAAACUUAACAAAACCAAGGAGCGGAUCAAGCUUAUCAAUGUCAAAAGGUGAAAAAAUGCACGUAACUAAACCUCCCUCACGCGAAGCCACAACUAAAGAUCACUCUUUGAUUUUCCAAAGAGAUACCACAAACAGGAAGCCCGAUUCUGAGAAUCUUUACAUUAAAGAAAGUAAACAUGAACCUCAAAAUGCACGUGUAUCAGCUGAAGACCUAAGAAGUUUGGUGUGUUUAACACAAGAACAGCUUCAACAGAUUUUUAUGAUCGUAAAAGGAGGAACAAGGCACAUCUCUGAAACCCACAAUGAAAAGCAAGAGGAAAUGGGUGCUAGUGAGGCAUCAGAGAAAAACAUUGUAGCAUUGCUCCAAAAACCUUGUGAAGUUUCCUCUGUUCCAGAUGAGCCUAACUCUAAUUCAACCAGGAAACAAGAAUCAUAUCCACAACCAAGAGAGAAAGUUAUAAAGGAGUCCUGGAAACCUGCUGACAUGUUUAGUACCUUGGGUGAAAGAGAAGGGGAGAAAGCCUUACUAGAAUCAAAAAAGACCCAAUGGAAGAAGGAAUUAGAUGAACAGGUAGCAUUGAAGAAGAAACUGAAAGAAACUUUGGAAGGAGAUGGGGUUAAUGUGGGGGCAAAAUCUGGCAAUGAUAAAAACCAUACAGAGAAAAUAGAAACAGCUGGCUCAGAUAAGGAAGCUGUGCCACAGGAGAGACCUUUUAGUGCGUUGAAGCAUGAGCAACAGAAGAAGUGGCUCGAAGAGCUGGACAAGCAGAAGGAAGAAGCUAAGCUACGAAAAAUAGAAGAAAAACUGAAUUUAGCAAAGGCUGAAGAGCAUGACAGAUGGGCAAUGCAUUUUGAUUCUUUAAAGAACCACCUUAAUACUAAUGCACAACACCCCUUAAAUGGAAUGUACAAAAAGCAGCCUGAAAGUCUUUGCCUGUCACCUGACCCUAAGGAGCUGACUGCUUUUGUUCACCCUUUUUCACCUGCAGCUUUAGGCAACUUCAUACCCUCAAAAGUGGGAAAUGCAGAAAAAGGUGCUAAAAGCAGUGCUUCGGAUCACAGUCAGAAAACCAGUUUCCUUCGUUCAAUGACAGCUCUCCUGGAUCCUGCGCAGAUUGAAGAGAGGGACAGACGGCGGCAGAAGCAGCUGGAACAUCAGAAAGCAAUCAUGGCUCAGGUAGAAGAAAAGCGGAAGAAGAAACAACUGGAAGAAGAGAAGAGAAAAUUGGAGGAGCAAGAGGAAGAGCAGCGCCUAGCACGGGAAAAAGAACUGAUGCAGAAACAGUUUGAAGAAGACAUGCUUAAACAAAAACAAAAGGAGGAACUUGUGAUUCUGAAAACAAAUCAGCUCUACGAGACAAUGCAGAAAGCUCAAGAAUUAGCACAGAGAUUAAAACAAGAGCAGCGCAUUCAAGAUUUGGCUCAGAAGGGACACGACAUUUCAAAACUUAAGAAGAAUCUUGGUGGGGGUGGCAGUGAAUUUGAAAACUCUAAUGCUGAUGUUUCACAUCAAAGUCGUGAUUUUUCUGAUGACGUUAACUUUGACCAGCAGACUUCUCCUCGGAAAGACACUGCUGUACAGACAGAUGACUAUACUACUUCAGCAUACACUGAUACAGCUGAGGAAAGAACUUCAUGUUGCGGAUCACCAGAUAUUUCCAUAGAAUAUAAAGAAACCUCUCACAGCAAAAAAUACCAGAAAGAAAGGCAGUAUAUGGACAGAAACAGAACUUCAGGACAAGAGAAUGGUGGCACCCACAGCGAGCUGUAUGAACAACAUGCAAGAAAAGAAAGACAAGUUAAACCUUCAGAAAAACCUGGCAAAAGACCUGACUGGAACAUAAACAAGCCUGAGAAAAGAUACGUUCCAGCAUCAGAAAGAUACCCCAAACCACUGCAAAAACAAAGGGAAGAAAAUAAAGUAAGACGACAACUGGAGCUGCUUCAGCUGGUAGAAAGAAACACGCCUGGGAAUCUCUGCCAAAAAAAGGGUUGUUGUUCAGACAGGUCUCCUUCACCUCAUGAAGAACUGAAGAAUAAGGGGCAUAGAAUCAGAAAGGAAGAACAGCUCCGUAAGAAUCAUUUGCAUGAAGAAAGAUCUGACUCACCACCUGUUCCAGCAGUUAAGAACAGACUACAAGUACAGCAAAAACAGAUCCGCACCAGGAAACUGGAAGUAUAUAACAACAGUAGAAGAGAGAAAAACACCAAGGCAGAUAUACAGCAGAAGAGCUUCCCUCCUCCAGUUGCAGAAGCUGGAAGGCCUCCCUCUUCACAGUUCGUUCCGUACGUUCGAACAAAUGAAGUGUAUUAUCUUGAUCCAGAUGCACCAGUGACUAGACCUUCAACACACGACCCACUGUAUCGGCAGUUUAACGAUUCUUACCCAGUGCCUCGACAGAUUUUUAGCUCUGAUCACACUAGAGAUCCUCUUCUAAAUCCUGAUGUAGUUAAAAUCAGAGAGAGGCAACAAGCGAUUCUCAAAGGACUGUCAGAACUACGGCAGGGCCUCCUGCAGAAGCAGAAGGAGUUGGAGUCUGGUCUCAUUUCUGUUAAAGCUCAAGAAGAGAACUUUAUUUCACCGUUUUGAAAGACAGGUUUAGGCUUAGACAACUAUCUAUCAGUGUCAGAUUUUACCACUGCAGAAAAGCUGACCAUAACACCCCAACUAGAAGAGGAUAGCAGCACUUAACAUGAUAAUGGGCUGAGCCCAAGACAGCAGAAUUCAGUUUAAGUAAGUCAACUUUUAAACAAGGUCUGAACAGCUCAGCAUUCAAUGCUUCCUGCCGGAAUUAAACAUUUAUAUUAGAUUCACUUGCAUUUGGGCUUGGAGAUACAAGAUAAUUUGAGAUAAAAGUAGUUUUCUUCUAGAGGUCUGCAGAAGAUACCUAACCUGAAUUCAUUUUAGUUGAGAUACAUGAUAAAUACCACAAAACCUCCAAACUGAGAUUCCUUCCAGCAGCAACUGUUCCAAGAAAUAAAUGGAAUACGAAAGGUAUCUUACCAGCAGCAGCUAAGGGAGCGAAGGCAGACUCUGUCCUCUCCCACUGUAUGCCAAGUCGUGUAAUAGGCGAGCCCACACUUGAUGAUGGACAUGGUAGAACGGUGUUUCACAAAAUCCAUUCAGUUUGCUGAUAAAGAGAGAAGAGUGCUUACCAUGUUUGGGGGCAGUGGGUAACAGCUGUACCAGUCUUGUCAUGGUGUGUCCUUAAUUUAAAGAAGGGGAUCAAACAAGCUUUCACACCCAGCAACCCAAGGGAAAAGUGAGUGGUGUUUUCUUUGUUUUUAAAAAUAUAAUUUUUAACCAAUUCCAUAAUAUCCCAGCUAACUUUGCGUUUACAGUUAUGCAGUUUCAAACACUUGUCUGUUUCUAAAUCACCCGUCAUACAUGAAAGCACUAAAAUCAAAUUACAAAACAGCAAAGGAAUACGACUGUAGACAACUUGAAAAAAAGAACAGUAAACAUAAAAAUCAGCACGUUAACAUCUGGAACAACACGAAUAGGAACAAGGGUAACACUGAGACACCCCAGCUAUGCACCUACCAGUUACUGUUCUCUGGCAGCCUUAGUGAGAUGAUGCAUAACCUGAGUAAAAAGAAGACCUGCCUCGGAAAAGUAAGGUUAACUCAGCACACAUGAAAUUUAACAGGCAGAACAAUACCAGUUCUAAGUAAGAAAGCACCAGGAAUGGCUGUGCUGACGUAGGGCAGGAGGGAGGUUGAGUUACCGUGGUCAUUGAGACAUCACUGCUGUAAUUAUAAGGGGAAGACAGAAGUUUUAAGAUCAUUCUGAUGUGGCUCUAAUAAUUACACCAAGCAACGUGCUAGUUAUGAAACAAAGUUUGGCUAUGUUUCUUAUGUAUUUUGAAGACAGUAUAAAAACCACAGACAAGGCAGUGUUAGCAAGUCCCUUGUGCAUUAAGAGUUUAUUUCAUUUUUGUAAUGGAACUGCACCAUUGGUUAAUCUAAUUGAGGUAUUUUGCCAAGAUCCAGUCAUUAAAAUAACUACACUGCCUUAUAGCUAUGUAAAAACAUUUGUACAAAACUGUCAAAUAAAUACAUAAGUUUUGA